UUUCUAUGAUGCCUAUGAGAAAGUAUCAUACAUCUUGAUGCAUAUGGUUCCUCUUUACCAUAACCUCAGGUGGAAGGUCAAUUUUCUAUUUGCCUGCCUCUCAGGCUUGCUGUCAACUUGUCAAUGUUUUUCACGCGCCACAAAUAUUCGGAUCUAUGACAGGCACUAAUAAUUAGUCUCCUAGUCAAUUCAUGCAUCUAUCAUGCACGUUGACACGAAAUGCAUUUCUCAAAGACAUACUCCCAACUGCUGCUCACAUUACCCCCAGAGUUGCGUGAAAACGCCAUACAAUACCGCCAACUCAAGAAACUCAUCAACCAACUGGUCCAAGAGCUCUCUUCUCUUGGUCUCAGUCCGAUUGUGCUCCAACAAUUACUAACACAACAGAAUCCUGCCAGUUUGACCGCCCAGAUCGAGGAAAUACGACAGCAGUGUGAUCGAGUUUCUGACAGUGAUGGUGACCACCAACGACACGCCACUGUGGUCUACGAGUUUACUGGGACAUCCUCUCAGAUCGAACCUCGUCUCCGGCUGUCAGUCGAAUAUCCAACGGACGCUACGGAUAUUGCAUCUGAGCACACGACCACACCGGACAGCAUCCUAGAGGCUCUUCAGCUUCAUUCCCGAGCUCUAGCAAGCAAUACGUCCUUGGUAGAUAUCUGCUAUUCAUCAAAGAACACCCACAAUCUUAUCAUACCAUUACAGUCUGAUACCGCGUUCUUUCAACUAUUGAACACCGCCCUCGCAUCGCUCGCUGAACACCUCAAUACUGUGCAUGGCGGUUUCACAUCUACGCUACAAAGUCUGGCGUAUGCUAUUAGUGCAACAGCACGUCCCACCUCCUCAUCAGCACCUCGUUCCUUCUCGGCUUAUUCAAUAGCCGUCAGUAACGCUGCUACAUUACGACCCCGCUCUGGCAGUCGAAAUACGGAUCUAUAUUCAUGGCGAGAGAUAUUCCAGAUGUAUGUUGAAGGUGAAAUCUUUGAGAGCUUCGGGGAGAGAACUCGUGGGGAACGCAGUGUCGAGGAAACUGAGACUCGGAUGAGGCGGUUUGAAGAACGCAUGCAGGAGAAGAGAAGCAAGCUCAAGUUGGCUGGAAGUAAGGACGCGCUGGAUAUUUUCAUGCGGAUGAACUUUUUUAUCCUGGAUUUGAAGAGGUUCCAAUUCGCGAAUGCUGAGGCGACACGCAAAAUUCUAAAGAAGCAUACGAAGCGGACCGCAUUGCCUCUUCCUUCCUACCUUCUUUCAGUCUGGAAUGGUCCGUUGCCGGCGCCUCCACCACUAGCGGAGUUGGCCUUGUUCCCUCAGCCUUCAACAUCUUUGCCCCGACUCCUCGUGCAAGCUAUCGGCGAAAUUCUACUUCCAAUCGUGCCUCACGUCGACGAUUAUUCGUGUCUUAUCUGUACCAGUCUCGCGUUUAAGCCAAUCAGACUUGGUUGCAGCCAUUUAUUUUGUGUAAGAUGUCUAGUCAAGCUUCAAAGGCUCGGGAAAGCAAAUUGCCCUAUUUGCAGGGCCCCUACGGUGCUAAAGGCCAACCAUACCAACGUUGAUUAUGCGCUCUUGAACUUUAUGGCUGACUGGUUCCCCCGGGAGUCGCGUGCGAAGCUGAGUAGUAAUGAGCGCGAGGCAGCAAAGGAGGAACUUGAGGAGCUUGGUCUCUCUGAAGGAUGUCGAGUGAUGUAAACCACGACUGGGACGAGGUUCUUGUCUGCACAGUUCGGACUUGGGCUCUAGAGGUGCGUUGUGAUACGCUAUUUAUAUCGGAAUGCGACA